AUGCUCGCUCCCUCCUUUCUGAGGGCUCAGGCCCCCAGAGCUCUGGCUUCUGCCCGUCUCUCCCUCCGCUCCCUCUCCACCACUCCCCGUCGCUACAAUGCCCAGGAGAAGCAGCUCAACAGGGUGUCUGCCACCAUCACCCAGCCCAAGUCCCAGGGUGCUUCCCAGGCCAUGCUCUACGCCACCGGUCUCAACGAGGACGACAUGAACAAGGCCCAGGUCGGUAUCUCUUCUGUCUGGUAUGACGGUAACCCUUGCAACAUGCACCUUCUCGACCUCUCCGGCCUCGUCAAGGAGUCCGUCGCCAAGGCUGGCCUCGUCCCCAUGCGCUUCAACACCAUCGGUGUCUCGGACGGUAUCUCCAUGGGUACCACCGGUAUGCGCUACAGCUUGCAGUCGCGUGAGAUUAUCGCCGACUCCAUCGAGACCGUCAUGAACGGCCAGUGGUACGACGCCAAUAUCUCCCUCCCCGGUUGCGACAAGAACAUGCCUGGUGUCCUCAUCGCCAUGGGCCGCGUCAACCGCCCCUCCAUUAUGGUCUACGGUGGUACCAUCAAGCCCGGCUGCAACAUGAAGGGCGAGAACAUCGAUAUCGUCUCCGCCUUCCAGGCCUACGGCCAGUACAUCUCCGGCGAGAUCGACGAGAAGCAGCGCUUCGAUAUCAUCCGCAAUGCCUGCCCUGGCGGUGGCGCCUGCGGUGGUAUGUACACUGCCAACACCAUGGCCACCGCCAUCGAGACCCUCGGCAUGACCCUUCCCGGUUCCUCCUCCUUCCCCGCCGAGUCUCCCGAGAAGAAGAGCGAGUGCUUGGGCGUUGGUGAGGCCAUCAAGAACCUCCUCCGUGAGGACAUCCGCCCCACCGAUAUCCUUACCCGCCAGGCCUUCGAGAACGCCAUGAUCGUCGUCAACAUUCUCGGCGGUUCCACCAACGCCGUCCUCCACUUGAUCGCCAUUGCCGACUCCGUUGGCAUUAAGCUCACCAUCGACGACUUCCAGGCCGUCUCCGACCGCACUCCCUUCCUUGCUGACCUCAAGCCUUCCGGCAAGUGGGUCAUGGAGGAUCUCUGCAAGAUCGGCGGUACCCCCGCCUUCUCAAGUUCCUCCUCAAGGAAGGCAUCAUCGAUGGCUCUGGCGUUACUUCCACCGGUAAGACCAUGA